AUGAACGUCAUCAUCCUCCCCGGCUCGGGAUGCGCCCCCACGCGUUCCUGCAAUCACUACGCCUGGCUCGAGCGCGCCCUCAUCGACCGCGGCGUCACCGACGACGUUCGCUUGACGACGCCCUCGAUGCCAGACGCGGACGUGUGCCGUCGACAUAUUUGGGUCCCACACUGCGAAAACGAGCUGCGGUGCGACGCGAACACGGUCAUCGUCGGACACUCGAGCGGUGCGGUGUGCGCGAUGCGCGUGGCGGAGCGAAACGCGGUGAGAGGGAUCGUGCUCGUGGCGGGAUACGACGACGACUUGGGCGACGCGACGGAACGCGCGUCUGGAUAUUUUGAUGACGCGUUUGAUUACGGUAAAAUCGCGUCGAAUUGCUCGCGAGGGAUCGAGUGCGUGAUCGGCACGCGCGAUUCGUUGGUGCCGGCGGCGAUACAACUGGCGUUGGCGAAGAAAUUGGGCGCGCGAGAGAGCGUGAGCGAGACGCGGGAUCAUUUCUUUACGCCGCCCGCGGAGGAGAUUUUCGACGCCGUAAAGCGGUUUCUGUAG